AUGGGGGAUCGGGGUUCGGGCGCCGCGAAACCGAUUUGGAUGAAGCAAGCGGAGGAGGCGAAGCUGAAGAGCGAGGCGGAGAAGGCUGCCGCGGCGAAGGCGGCCUUUGAGGCCACGUUCAAGGGUUUGGAUAAGAAUCGGGAGAAGGGUGGGGGCGUCGUUCAUUCGGACAGCGAGUCGGAGGAAUACGAGGACCUUGCCAAUAAACCCAUUGGGCCCGUUGAUCCCGCCAAGUGCACUGCGGCGGGAACCGGGAUCGCUGGCGGAACUGCGUGUGCUCCAUCAUCCUUUGUGGUGGUCGCUAAGGACGCCGAUGAGAGAAAAGUUUCCAACGGUGGAGCGCAAAUCAAGGUGAGGGUGACGCCCGGGUUGGGUGUUGGAGGGUCUGAGCAAGAAGGGAUAGUGAAGGAUAUGGGUGAUGGCACUUAUACUGUGACUUAUGUAGUACCCAAGAGAGGGAAUUAUAUGGUCAGUGUUGAGUGUAAUGGGAGGCCUAUCAUGGGGAGUCCCUUUCCGGUGUUUUUCAGUGCAGCAGGUAAUGGUAGUGGAGGGCUGCUGGGUUUAGCUCCUGCAUCUACAUUUCCAAACCUGGUUAAUCAAACUAUGCCCAACAUGCCAAAUUACUCUGGGUCAGUUUCAGGGGCAUUCCCUGGACUGUUGGGAAUGAUUCCAGGGGUUGUUGCUGGAGCUUCUGGGGGUGCUAUUUUGCCUGGAAUUGGGGCCUCACUUGGGGAAGUUUGUCGCGAUUACCUUAAUGGGCGUUGUGUGAAAGUAGAUUGCAAGUUGAAUCAUCCACCUCACAAUUUGCUAAUGACUGCCUUGGCUGCGACAACCUCAAUGGGAACCCUUAGCCAAGCUCCUAUGGCACCUUCUGCCGCAGCAAUGGCUGCAGCUCAGGCAAUAGUUGCUGCUCAAGCUCUUCAAGCCCAUGCUGCUCAGGUGCAAGCUCAGUCUGCGAAAGAUUCCGGUGGUUCACCUGAAAAGUCUAGUAAAGAUGAUGCAUUGAAGAAAACCCUUCAAGUUAGCAAUCUUAGCCCUCUUCUCACUGUGGAACAGCUAAAGCAACUAUUUGCAUUCUGUGGCACUGUUGUUGAAUGUACAAUCACUGAUUCAAAGCAUUUUGCUUAUAUAGAAUACUCAAAGCCUGAAGAGGCAACUGCUGCUCUGGCAUUAAACAACAUAGAUGUUGGGGGGCGCCCUUUGAAUGUUGAAAUGGCAAAAUCACUUCCACAGAAACCAUCCAUCACAAAUUCUUCACUUGCUUCAUCAUCUCUUCCUUUGAUGAUGCAGCAAGCUGUUGCAAUGCAACAGAUGCAAUUCCAGCAAGCACUGCUCAUGCAACAAACCAUGACUGCACAGCAGGCUGCUAAUCGAGCUGCCACCAUGAAAUCUGCCACAGAGUUAGCUGCAGCCCGAGCUGCAGAAAUAAGUAAGAAAUUGAAUCCUGAUGGACUUGGAAUUGAAGACAAAGAGACAAAGCAAAAAUCCAGAUCACCCUCUCCCAUUCGUGGAAGAUCUCGGUCAAAGUCGAGAUCUCCUAUCAAUUACCGGAGAAGGAGGAGGUCUCGUUCUUAUUCACCUGCGCGUCAUUCUAGGGGUCAUCUCUCUAGGUCACCAUUGAGGUCCCAUCAUUACUCUAGCUAUGACAGGGAAAGGCGCUAUAGAGAUAGUAGGGAGCAUAGUGAUAGUAGAUACAGAAAACGAGAUUUGGAUAGAUCAAUUGAUCGUCGUUUAUCUUCUUCAAGAAGAAACAAAAGUAGAAGUGUUAGUCCUCAUACAAGGAAAUCAUCUGUUUCUCCAAAACGUCAUAGGGAAACCUCACCUCAUAGAGGAACGAAACAGUCACUUGCUGAUUCGGGCUCUCCGAGUCGUCGCAGAGGAAGUAGGUCUUCUCCAAAGAUUGAUGAAAAGAAAUUAAGAAACAGAAGGCAGUCAAGGUCAAGAUCAUCAGAAGAUAGGGUUCACUCUAGCAAAAAUGAAGAAAUCUUGCAUGGAAAGGCUAAACAGAAAGAGAGAAGGCGAUCCAGGUCAGUAUCUGUGGAUGAAAAGACUCACAGAAGGAUCCGAUCAUCCCCAAGAAAAGUGGAUGAAAGUAGAUCCAGAUACAAAAAACGGUCAAGGUCUAAAUCUGUGGAUGAUAAGCAAGAUUCACCUGAGAGGUUGGAUGAAAACAGAAAUAGAAGAUUGAGGCAUAGUGAUAAAAGGCACUCUAGGUCAAGAUCUACAGAAAAUAGGGAUCAAACUGAUGUCAGGGUGGAUGAAAGCAAAAAUGAAAAGUCAAAACAUCGUGAUAGUAAAAGGGGCAGAUCAAAAUCUGUUGAAGGGAAGCAUCGCACUAAAGAUAAAUCUGGUGAAAACAGGGAUAAGAAAUCAAGGCAUCGUGAUAGAAGGCAUUCAAGGUCAAUAUCAUUAGAAGGUGAGCAUGGCAAAAGAGGCACUUCAAUCCAUAUAAAUUUGGAUGAGAUAAAUUUUGAACUUAAACAAUCCAGGUCAAAGUUCCGUGAAGGCAAGCAUAACUCCAGUGAUAAAUAUGGAAACAGAGGUGAAAAAUCAGAGCAACAAAAGAAAACUCUGACUAAAUCAAAAUCAGAACAGUUCGAUGGGAGUGGGUCCUUCCAAGGAAAUUUCAAGGAUUAUGAUUCAAAGGGAAAAUCACAAUCUGAUUCUGGAUCCGAAGAAGUUAAGCAUAAUUUAAGUGAUGGAGAAAAUACUACUUGUGAAGAAAAUUCAAAACUUUGUGGAGAUGCCUUGCUGCAACCAUUUAUAAAUGUGAAGGACUCAGCUAUCCUAAAUGAUACUGUGAAGGCGACAUCGGUGAAUGGUAAGUACAAGUUAGAAGAAUCAAAUGAAGCUGAUGAUAAAUCAGGAUGGAUAAGUGUGGAAGAAGAGGGAAAUAGAAAAUAUUAA